AAUAAUUCUUUAUUUUAGUUUUAUGAUAUUUUGGAAAAAAAACUGAACCAUCAGAACGUCGAUGUAUAUCAUUUGGAUAUGUAAAGGUGAAGAAAGAUGCUUCACGAAGACUGUCAGCAGGAAUCGCUUGGAGAAUACGGAAAAGUUAUGUUUGUAAAGACUGGCGAACACACUUCAGUAAUUUAUGGGACCCACUACCCAAAUCGUUUAUUUGUGGGCUGCCUUCCACCAGAGGCUGGAGCAGAAGAUCUUGGUAACUUCUUUUCUUCUUUUGGCAACGUGGUGGAAGCAAAGGUUGUGUUGGAUCACUAUGGAAGAUCAAAGAGAUUUGGUUUUGUUACUUUCAGUGAUCCUGGAAAAGUAGAAUCGUUAAUUGCAGGGGAAAAUAUUUGGUUUAAAGGCAAAAAAAUUAAUGUAGGGCCAGCGGUUAAGAAAAAUCUGGAACCAGAAUGCACUGUAAAACCUUCACUUAAACCGUCAGCAAAACCAUUUUUCUGUACGAACAAUAACUCUCAGCACGCAGCCAAAACGGUUAUUCGACCUUGCCCGGCUGAACCAUGUCACCAGCAACCGGAUCCAAUAUGGGAUUUGUCAUGGGCUUUAAAUGAUUUAUCAUUUCAAUCGUUAUGGGGAAUCACGAACCAAGUUAGUUCUAUAUGGGCACCUCCAAAUGAGGCCAGACAGCAAGACACGUGCAUGCAGGAAAAAUCCUUUAGCUUCUUGAGCGAGAUGCAGGAAUAUAAAUAUCACAGCAGAUGCAAUCAGUCUUAUGGUAAUAAUUUUCCGUAUUUUCCCACGUACCAAGGAAACAUGUGCGCUCCUCCUCCAGGGUUUAAUUAACACUGGCCAAAGUAAUUUCCGUUUACGUUAUAACUAUUUUAAGUUCAGUUCUAAAACUUUACCGUAUUUAUUUAUUUAUUUGUUGUUAGCAGAUAAAUUAAAAUUUCUAACUUAACAUAUCGUGCAAGGUGGUAAAAACGCAAUUUUAUUUCCGCCAUUUUUUUAAAUGUGAUUUUACUCGUAAGUUUAAUAUAUUCAUCUCAAAAGUUGUUAGUUUCUGUCAUCGUUCCGUUUUUCAGGAGUGAUGGUGUAUAUUUAACUUUUUGUUUUUGUUUUAAGAACGCGUGUUAUCUUUUCAUGUUUUAUAUACAGUAGACGAAUAUUUUAACAUAAAUUAUAAUAGUUUUUAUUAGCAUAUUAAUCUUAUCCGAACUUGUUAAUCAUUUUCAGUUGACAGUACUUUUUUUUUGGGUAAUUAGGGUGUGAUGUGUGUAAAUAAUUUUAAUCUUUUAAUUUGGAAGACGGCUUUUUACACAAGAGUUAAUGUUUUAGAAUCAA